AUGUCUAGAAUAAAGAUUCCAGAAGAUGAAGACCAUCCUGAUAUUCCUGAUGGAGUCCAUUUUAAAAAUUCCUUGAAGGAAUUUCAAAAACUUGUUGAGAAAAUAGUAGCUCAGAAGAGGGAGGAAAGACAAGGGUUGUACACUAAAGAUGGUGAGGAAAUGGAUUAUGAUAAAUUCUGUGCUGCAGUCCAGGAGCUGUUUGGUCCUGAAGUGAAGCCUCAGGAUGUUAAAACCUUCUACAGGAAGAUCAGUAACAACCCAGAUGGGCGGACAGAAUGGUGUGAGCUCUUUGGCUAUUUCAUAGUGGAAGGUGAUGCUCUUGCUGCCCAACUUGAUGAAGAAAACAUGGUUUUCCUGGUAUCCAAAAAGCAGCGGAUUACAAAAGCAGGAGUCAAGAGACGUGAUGUAAUAAAGUGCAUGGUAAAGAUAUCACAGCUGGAUUUUUUGGUAACAGCAUCUCAGAAAGGAACACUAACUAUUUUUACCAGCCAGAUGAGAGUGAUGACAACCACCAGCAUUCCAGAUAGUCCAUGGAUCAAUGGAUGUGAUUACCUGUAUCAGCUCAAGCGUGUUGUAGCUGUGACUGAAAGGACCAUCAUCGUCUGGGAUUACAAAUCACAAGGGAGUAUUCUGGAUACUUGUUUUAUCAUCAAACCCAUGGAACACUGUCUGCUCUGCAUUUGUUCAGUUUACCAUCCAACAGAACUGCUGGUGAAAGAUGAUAUCUUAAUGGGAGAUGAUGGAGGACAUGUCAACUUGUUUACUUUGACUAGUGAUGACUUCGGGCUAAAACAAACUAAGUCUAAAAAGAAAGCACAAAUCCAGGUUUUAGACUCAAAGAAAUUCAGGCAUGUUAAACGCAAGCUGCAUGAUGACUGGGUUGUGAAAGUUAAGUACAUUCCAGCCUUGAAUUGUUUUGUGUCCUGCUCAUUGGACAGUGUUCAUUCACUUGUUUUGGAUGACCUGAAAAGACUGGAAGACAACCUACCCGUCAGGGAUUUUUCAGUACCAAGAGGAGUCAACGCUUUCACAUACUGUGCAAAAGCCAAUAUCAUUGUCACGGGGGGAGAGGACAAAGUCCUUCGUUUGUGGCAUCCGAACAUCAAUACCAAGCCAGUGGGGAAGCUGAUGGGGCACUUAUUUAGUAUCAUGGAGAUUGUCACCAAUGAAAAAGACCAACACAUUAUUAGUCUUUCCACUGGGAAGAUUUUCAGAGUAUGGGAUAUCCAUACACUUUCACUGAUGCAAAUUUUCCAUGAUACCCAAGCGGGACCCAGAGAUGCACAGAUCUUUACUAUGGUAUUUGACAAUAACCACGGCAUACUUAUUACAGGAUCAGCUGUCAUUGAUAUUUAUCCUCUAACACGGAUGAUACAAGACACAAAGCAGGUCCCUCAGACGCAUGAAAGGAACAUCAAUGUGCUGUUAUACAAUAAGCCCUUUCACCAAGUUCUUACAAUCUGUGCUGAGUCUAUUGUAAGAAUCUGGGAACUGGAAUCGGGGCAACUAAUAUACCAGAUUGAGGAUGCCCAUGGGCCUGGUGUUGAGCUGACAUGUGCGGCAAUUGAUAAAAAUGGAUUUCACCUUGCCACUGGAGCGUGCGAUGGGACUGUGAAAACAUGGGACUUUGGCAGUGGACAACAACUGAAAGCAUUGCCUGUAUCCAAGGAAAGCUCUGACAAUGAACACUGGCUGAUCCAGAUGACUUACCUGAAGGCUAGUGAGAGCAGACAUGUGAUCUUGGUCUUGGAGCACAGUGGGACAAUCAAAAUUGUUCAGAGUAAUGAAGGUGAACCUAAUCUGUGUAUUACCUGGAGUCUUCCUGAAGCCCUGUCACUGGCACUUCAAGGCAAUCCACUAAUGCCCCUAAGACUGAGCCCCAUUACCAGGAAAGCAAAUGGAUUUUUUCCAGAUGUUCAACUAUUGCCUGAGAAGGAUCCUGUUGAAGCAGAUAUGGAGAAUCCUUUACCACCUGAAGCAAAAGUGAAGUGCUUUGAUGUGCUGAGAGUUGAAGGGUAUAAUUUGUUAGCAACUGCAAGUGCAAAUGGUGCUAUCAUCAUGUGGGAUUUCGAAUCUGCCAUCGCCAGACACAUAUUCAAAGCUGGCCAGGCUGUUGAAACAGAUGGCUCUGACGUACUUGGAAUCAAUAUGCUACUGUUCCUCUAUCGAAGUGCUCUUUCUGUGAGGCAACUAAGUCAGUCCUCCACCUACAGUUCAGAGCCUCAGAGCGAUGAAACUCCUACACAGGACACAGAAGGCGACAGCAGCAACUUAAGCAUAAAGAGGGAAGGUGUUAAAAAUGAGCCAUCCAUUGCAGCAAAUACUCCAGCGGUAAGCCAAGAAUUAACAAAACUACCAGAUUCACCUAACUUGGAGAACAAGGGAUUACUCAAUGUAUUAGAAGCUGGAGUAGAACAGAAACACAUUCCUGUCCUUGCCUCUGCUCAUGAAGAUGGUUGCAUUUAUCUCUGGACUAUAAAGGGGGAUCUACUGAGAGAAAUUUUACCUUUCACAAAACAUCCUCCAAUUCCUUUGACAGCUCUGUGUACUGACAUCUCUGCUAAAAUGCUUUUUGCAGCUAACAAAGAAAAUAAACGUGUAACCAUUAAACAGUCCAGUCUUGUUAAAACAUCAUCAGUGGUGCAUGAAGCUGGAGAAGGAGCUGAGGGACAUGUCAUACGAUGGAACAUUGGUUCAUUCUUAGAAGAUCCACUGGAUACCAACAAGAAUGUGAAACAACAACUUUGCUGGCGAGCUCAUUCCACCAAAAUAGUCAACUUGUUCUAUGAUGAAGAAAGGGGCUUAGUAGUGACUGCCUCUACUGAUGCUUCUGUCAGGCUCUGGCAUGGACUCAGUGGACACUACAUUGGCUAUUUUGGGCAGCGACGAUUGUUUGAACUCUCUGAAUCCACAGAUAUAAUUCUGCCUUGUGAUGUAAAUGACCUUCCUUUCACAAUAAAAGAUGACAGCAAGUAUAUGGAAAAAAAGCAGAAGUUUGAAUAUCCUCUAGUGCUUGAUCGGGAAAAGUGGAAGUUGUUGACUAGAAGCGCCUUAGCUCUCAAAAAGCCUGGAGUUCUGGAAGUGGAACAGGAUUUCAAGUUUUUCAAAGCUCUGGCUUCUCCUAAGAUUCACAAAUAUCCUCUGGAAAGUUUCAAGUCUGGAAACAAAGAUAUUGGUAUUGUGUUUGGGUCAAUACCUAUAUACAGGGUCCCCCAGCCAACCAAUCUUCUAGGGUUGCCAGGUCUGGGCUGG